CACUGAGGCUAGCUCAACAAUAACAGUCAUAAUAGUAGCAACUACAAUAAUAAUGGUGGUGGCGGAGGAGCUGAGGAUGAUCGAAGCUGCGUUUGCAGCACAGGAACCCCUCUCUAGAUCGUGCCCUCAGCUACACAGGCAGAAAACAUAAGACCGGCAAAGGCGAGCUUCCAGGAUAAGCCCAACAGUGACAGCUGAGAGACGAUAGUGAGCAACAGAAGCAGCAGCAGUCUCUGCCUAGUUACUCAUACAGCAAACAGGAGGAUUGCAAGGAUGGGAGGUUAGCUCUUCAGGGUUAGCCUGGCUUGCAGAGACACAACAGCAACAACAACACAGCUGCCCACCUUUUCUCUCCCCUCCCCUCCUUUGGUUUUACAGAAGGAAAUCCUGUGAAUGUCAUUGGGAGUGGAAAGGGGGGUGGAGGUGCCACUCUGCUGCUACUGGUGAAAAGGCAUUCAGGAACAGGCAGCCUUUGUGGGGGCAGCAGGGGCAGAUCUCAUCACAGACAAAACCACCACCACACCACAAAGGACCAAGACUGCCAAUGUCAUCAGCCAUCGAAAGAAAAAGCCUCGAGCCCUCUGAGGAGCCAGUGGAUGAGGUGCUUCAAAUACCCCCUUCCCUGUUAACAUGCGGAGGUUGCCAGCAGAACAUUGGGGACCGUUACUUCCUCAAAGCCAUUGAUCAGUACUGGCAUGAAGACUGCCUCAGCUGUGACUUGUGCGGGUGUAGACUUGGAGAGGUGGGAAGACGGCUGUAUUAUAAAUUGGGCAGAAAACUCUGUCGAAGAGACUAUCUCAGGCUUUUUGGCCAAGAUGGCCUCUGUGCCUCCUGUGACAAGCGAAUCCGAGCCUAUGAGAUGACCAUGCGAGUGAAGGACAAAGUGUACCAUCUGGAAUGCUUCAAAUGUGCUGCUUGCCAGAAACACUUUUGUGUCGGUGACAGAUACCUUCUCAUCAACUCAGACAUAGUGUGUGAGCAGGACAUCUAUGAGUGGACUAAGAUCAAUGGGAUGAUAUAGCCCAUUUGUGCCUCAUAGUCUCCAAAAUUCAUCUCAUGGGUGACACAAAUACCUAGCUAUGGCGAGAAGAUUAUCACUCUCAACAUCUAUGUGCUUGUCUAAAGUAGACAAAAUGUUGCCAAAUUCAUGGGCACUGCAUCAUGUACAAAUGGUGACUGGGGACAGAGGGAAUAGCAAAUAGAUGGAUUUCUGUUAGCAAAUACGUUUUGAUGAUAAACUGACAUUCUCAGAGGUGAUGAUGAAAGCCAGGGAACCAAUAUAAAAAAUAACCACAAAUUCUCUUGAUUGGAGAAUUCAGUAGUCACAUGUAAAAAGAUAUGAUUCUGACAUUUGCAAACUAGGUUUGCACAGCUGAUUUUUUCUUUACUACAUUUCUAUUUACUCUUCAUAGACCAUAAUCCCAAAGUUAGUACAAGACAGAACAAUGUGGGGCUGGGUGGGAGGGAAACUCCAGUUACUAAGAACAAACUGAUUCUCCAAAGCCUUAUGUUUUGGAUAUAGAAAGAGGGCCUUCUCUUUUGCAGGAAAAUUAUCUUUUCCCAUAUGAGAAUGAAAAGUAUAACUGUUGUCUGCAAUUCUGCAGCAAUUUACACUCACCUAGUUACAUUCAUUUAAGUGUUCUAGAAAGCAAA